AUGGUCAGUAACCAGAGGAGCAAUGCAUCUCCUUCAGGAGACACUACUACGCCACUUCAGGAGAAGGCACCAUCGGUGUCGUACCAACAGUUUAUGACAAUGCAGCCGCCUGUCUUUACAGAAAAAGGCAAUCCAGAUAAGGCAAAAGAAUGGAUUGAGGAAGUUGAACGCAUCUUUGGGCUUUUGAAGAUGCCAGAAGAAGACAAAGUGAACUAUGGCUCUUAUCUGUUGAAGGGUGAUGCCAAGAAUUGGUGGCAAUCGACUAGUGAGAUCCGAGACAAGAAAAUGCAACAGUUUCUUGAUUUGCAGCAAAAUCAGCUGAGCCUGGAAGAAUACAUUACGAAAUAUCGACACUUGGAGGUGUAUUGCCCGCACCUCUAUACUACUGAUCAGGCCAGAGCAGGCAAGCUUGUGCGCGGGCUGCGGGAUGGACUGCGAAGCAAAGUCUUGACAAGCAGACCUUGUGACUUGGACGAGGCGGUCACCAUGGCAAGAUGCAUAGAAGAGGACUGUGCAAGGUCACAGAAGGAUCACCACAAGAAGGCAGGCUAA